GGCCGGGCCCCGCCCCCCCCGCUGAUGGCUCGGGAAGGGGGAGUGGAAAGAGAAGGCAAGAUGGCGGAUCUGGAAGACGUGACUCUAGACGGCAAAGAGUUGCAGAAGCUGCGGGUCACCGACCUGAAGGCGGCCCUGGAGGAGCGCGGCCUGGCCAAGAGCGGCUCCAAGAACGCGCUGAUCAAGCGGCUGAAGGGGGCCCUGAUGCUGGAGCAGCUGCAGAAACACUCCACCUCACACUCAGGAUUCCAGCCAAACUCCCAGAUUGGUGAGGAGAUGAGCUCAAACAGCUUUAUCAAGCAGUACCUGGCGAAACAGCACGAGCUACUGAGACAGAGGCUGGAGAGGGAAGCUCAGGGAGACAUGGAGACAGAAG